UUAUAAAUAUUUUCUCUGCGACCGAGAAGAUCGGUACGGAACGGACGGCGAUGCCAAGCGGAGUGGGUAAAGAAGCGGUGAACAACGCAGGCACAAGCGGAAGCAGCCCGAGUUUCAAGCCUUACCGUCACCUGAAAACCCUAGAAGGGCACGCGGCGGCGAUCUCGUGCGUGAAAUUCUCCAACGACGGAAACCUGCUGGCGUCGGCCUCGGUGGACAAGACGAUGAUCCUGUGGUCGGGGACGAGCUACUCGCUGAUCCAUCGGUACGAAGGUCACGGGAGCGGCGUGUCGGAUCUAGCAUGGUCCUCGGACUCGCACUACACCUGCUCCGCUUCCGACGACUGCACGCUUCGAAUCUGGGACGCAAGGGCUCCCUACGAGUGUCUCAAGGUGCUCAGAGGCCACACCAACUUCGUCUUCUGCGUCAACUUCAACCCUCCCUCGAAUCUGAUCGUGUCUGGCUCCUUCGACGAGACGAUUCGGAUCUGGGAGGUGAAGACGGGGAGGUGCGUGCGCGUGAUUAAGGCUCACUCCAUGCCUCUCACGAGCGUGCAUUUCAAUCGCGACGGGUCCUUGAUUGUUUCGGGGAGUCACGAUGGUUCUUGUAAGAUAUGGGAUGCUAAGGAAGGGACUUGCUUGAAGACUUUGAUUGAUGACAAAUCUCCUGCUGUUUCUUUCGCUAAGUUCUCUCCUAAUGGCAAGUUCAUCCUCGUUGCCACUCUUGAUAGUACUCUCAAGCUGUCUAACUAUGCAACUGGCAAGUUUAUAAAGGUAUACACAGGACAUACCAACAAAGUAUUCUGCAUCACAUCCGCGUUUUCUGUGACCAACGGCAAGUACAUUGUGAGCGGAUCUGAAGACAACUCUGUGUAUCUGUGGGAUCUUCAGCAUAAAACUAUACUGCAGAGACUACAAGGCCACACAGACGCUGUGAUCUCUGUGAGUUGCCAUCCCCUUCACAACGAGAUUGCUUCAUCCGCAAAUCAUUUAGAUAAAACCAUCAGGAUAUGGAAACAAGAUGCUUAGACACAUGAGUUUGAUUAUAAUGUAAUUUGCUUUUGUGAGAUUUGAUUGUUAUACACCUUCAGGUGUGAUUGCAAUAUCUGCUGCAUGCUGGUCAACAUAUCCAUCACACAUGAAAGCAUACUAUGAGAUGUUAUUAAUAUCCAUGUUUAUUUAUCAAA